UGUUUGGCUUAACGAAAUCCAUCGAUGAUUUGGCACUCAACUGAUAUUAUCUGAACAGCCAUUCAUAGAGUCUGCAGAAGAAGAAAAUCUGGGUGCUGACAGCAAAACAGAUAGAGGAUUAUUAUUGCUGAAAUAUCCCCAGUACCACUGUCUUAAAUAUUUUUAUUAUAUAUAUAUCUUAUAUUUAUUCCCAGCCAUGGAGUUGUCGGAAAUACUGUACAAUAAAGCAGAGUACAUUGAGACGGCUUCUGGCAACAAAGUGAGCAGACAGUCAGUGCUGUGUGGGAGUCAAAACAUCGUACUCAAUGGCAAAACUAUUGUCAUGAAUGACUGCAUCAUCAGAGGAGACCUGGCUAAUGUCAGGGUGGGCAGACACUGUGUGGUGAAGAGCCGGAGCGUCAUUCGACCACCUUUCAAAAAGUUCAGCAAAGGAGUGGCGUUUUUCCCGCUGCACAUCGGAGACCACGUCUUCAUCGAGGAGGACUGUGUGGUCAACGCAGCACAGAUUGGUUCCUACGUCCACAUUGGCAAGAACUGUGUCAUAGGUCGUCGCUGUGUGCUGAAGGACUGCUGCAAGAUCUUAGACAACACCGUGCUCCCUCCUGAGACCGUGGUGCCGCCUUUUACGGUCUUCUCUGGGUGCCCAGGUCUAUUUUCAGGAGAGCUCCCAGAGUGCACGCAGGACCUGAUGAUUGAUGUAACCAAGAGUUACUACCAGAAGUUCCUGCCUCUCAGCCAGAUCUGAGUCCUGCCCCAAAACCGUCAGCAGGAUCCACACCCUUUCCAACCAGUUCCAGGUCAGGGUUGGGGUCGCUCAUCAGAAAUGGACUCUUGAGGGCUCACCUUCUAUCCUUCACUUCCCAGAGGCCCUGAGUUUCUCAGCCCAAGGACAAACAUUGAUAUUAAAUCUGAUAUAGCUGCAGAAGGCACUUUUGUAUGUUCGCAGCUCCAAAUUGCAAUGAGAGUCUUGAAAAGUCUUUACUUAAACUGCAAGCAGAACGAUCAUGUUUACCUUCCCAGCUGAUCUGAGAUGCCUUGAAGGCCGUCAUCUUCAGGCGCUCAGUUUUAGAUAUUUCUUUCUGAUGAACAUUUUGAUUUUCUAAUCAGGUAUGUUCAUGUAGUGUGAUACUUUUUCCUGGUCAGUGUGCUGUGGAGAAACUCAAGUACCUCUGUGUGGCUGCUGAUAAUCCCAAUCUUCGCUCUCUGACAGCAGCUGUAGGUGAAGAUGAGAAAGUGAAGGAGCUAUGAAAGGAAGGUGAAGGGUGGAGCUGUGUAAACAGCACGGACCAAAACGAUAGCAACAACAGUUAUGAUGAAGGAUGUUGGUUGUACAUGUUUGUUAUUCAUGUCCACAUUUCAUUUGGGAAACGGAGCAGCACACUCAAUAUCAGCAAAUUGUGAAAGGUAUUCUGUUGUUUCAGGCUCUGUCAUUUUAUUUCUAAUGUUGGAAGAACCUGUUUGCUUUCUCCUUAACUUAAUUUCAUUAUGUUUCAAAUGAUCAACUGCAAUGUUAAUUAGAAUCUGUUAAUGUGUGCAGGACAGACCCCUGUGCUUUGCCUUUUUCUGUAAGCAUACAAUAGCCAGAGCCAACAUCAAACAAAGUGCAGCAAUUCAAUAAAUAUAAUAAAUGCUUGAAAAUCUG